AUGAGUAUAAAAAGAUUGGUAUCAAAUGAUGAGGAACUGGUUAAUGGUUUAGGUAGUGAACAUUAUACCGAUGGUGCUACCGGUAAUCAUAUGGCAAGAAAGGAUACCAGAUGGGUUACUACAGAUGGGAAGUUAAAUAUUAAUAGUAUUUCAACUUUAAAACAUGACGGUAUCCAUGAUCCUAUAGAUUCACAAGAAAACACCUCCCCUGGCCAAUUGUAUUCAACUCAGUCUGGUAAAUUGUUUCAUGCUGGUAAAAUUAUGAUUGUUUUAGUAGGUUUACCUGCUUCUUCCAAAACCUUGUUGUCUGUUGCGAUUUCUCGUUAUUCUCGAUGGUUGGGUGUCAGAACUGAGUCAUUUCAUGCUUCUGAAUAUAGAAAGGAUAAAGAACAUAUCCCCGAUGAUUAUUAUUCUGCUGUUCCACAGACACAGGAAGGUAGAGACUUUAAAACGAAUAUCAUUGAAUCUACUUAUAACGCCAUGGCAAAUUUUUAUCAAAAUUUGAAUGGUCAAUUAGCAAUUUAUGACGCUUUGAACAUACGAAGAAGUGAUAGAAAAAAUAUUGAAACUGUAUUCUCGAAAUUAAAUGUCAAGGUUUUAUUUAUUGAGUCGAUUAUUAAUAACGAACAAUUAAUGAAACAGAAUAUAAUGACAGCAUCCCAGUCUUCAGAAUUCCAAGGUUUAACGACAGAAGAGGCUACUGAAAUCUAUAUGAAAAGAUUAUCAAUUAACAAGCCCUUAUAUGAGGAAAUGACAAAACAAGAAAAAUUAUGCUAUGUCAAAUAUUAUAACUUUGGAGAAAAAAUUAUCGUCAACAACAACCAUGGUGGCUAUUUAAUUAACAAAAUAGUCUACUUUUUGAUGAAUAUUAGAAAUAAAAAAGGUCGUGUAUUUUUUGCACGUUGUGGUACAAGUAAUGAUGACAGAUAUAUGGAUGACGAAUUUCUAAAUGAUGAAGGUUUAAGGUUUGCCAAGUCACUAACUAAAUUGGUCAUAGAUAGAUUUGAAAAGAAUAAAAAAGAGAAUAUUGAUAAGAAUAUUUCAUCUAAUGACAAGAAUGAAGCUUUGACAGUAUUAACCGCUCCCAGAAAAAGAGCAUAUGACACUGCAAAAUAUUUUAAAGAUUAUGAUAUCCCAGUCAUAAUUAGAUCUGAAUUGCAACAACAGAGACCAGGUCUUAUUGCUGACAUGAAUGAAGAACAGAUCAAAGAAAAGUUCCCUAUGGAAUAUGAAGAAUGUUUAAAAGAUCCAUAUCAUUUUAGAUUCCCCAGAGCUGAAUCAUACCAUGAUUUAUCAAUUAGAAUGGAACCAUUAUUGCUAGAGAUGGAAAGAUUAAGUGGUGAUGUAUUGAUAGUGGGGCAUGAUAGUACUUUGAGAGUAUUAUAUGGAUAUUUUAUGGCUAGCAAUUCAAUGGAAGUACCAAAAAUCGAUUUUUCUAGAAACGAGUUAGUUGAAAUUACAUUCACACCAUUCCAAAAUGAAGUCACAAGAAUUCCUAUUGUAUACUAA